GGUUCACUGUUGUUGUCAGCCAGUGUGUGUGUACACAACUUAGAAGGGCUGAGGUUAGGGUGCACUCAGGAGAAACACUGCAAGCAUGACUGCCGUACAUCGUUUGGUUAUCGUCCGCCAUGGCGAGAGCUCCUGGAACCAGGAGAACCGCUUCUGUGGCUGGUUUGAUGCUGACCUCAGUGAGAAGGGCCUGGGGGAGGCCACACGCGGGGCCCAGGCCAUCAAGGAAGCCGGCAUAAAGUUUGAUGUGUGCUACACCUCAGUGCUGAAACGUGCCAUCAAGACCCUGUGGACCAUCAUGGAGGGCACAGACCAGAUGUGGCUGCCCGUGAUCCGUACCUGGCGCCUGAACGAGCGCCACUACGGAGGCCUCACUGGCCUCAACAAGGCCGAGACAGCUGAGAAGCACGGUGAGGAGCAGGUGAAGAUCUGGCGCCGCUCAUUUGACAUCCCACCUCCACCCAUGGACAAGGACCACCCUUACCACAAAAUCAUCAGCGAGUCCCGACGCUACAAGGGCCUGAAAGCCGGUGAGCUGCCUACCUGCGAGUCACUGAAGGACACCAUCGCCCGUGCCCUGCCAUUCUGGAAUGACGUCAUUGCCCCCGAAAUCAAAGCUGGCAAGAACGUAAUCAUCGCUGCCCAUGGCAACAGCCUCCGCGGCAUCGUCAAGCACUUAGAGGGUAUGUCUGAUGCAGCCAUCAUGGAGCUGAACCUGCCCACAGGAAUCCCAAUUGUUUACGAGUUGGACGCAAACCUGAAGCCUGUGAAGCCCAUGUCUUUCCUCGGCGACGAAGAAACCGUAAAGAAGGCCAUGGAGGCCGUGGCUGCCCAGGGCAAAGUCAAGAAGUAAGCCUGCUCUGGAGGCUCCAAGAGGAGGCCAAAAAACAAAAAAAGACUCUUCCCACUUUUGUCCUUCAACCUUUCCUUCUAUCGUUUAUCCAUCCUUGUAGUCCAUUCCAACAGGGGGAAAAUUGUUAAUGGUUCUUUUGGAGAUGAGCCAUUUCCAGCACAUUAGCCUUGUUUGUUUAAGUCAUAGAAAGAGGAAUGGCCUGUCAAUCCAAGCAGACAGCCUGGCCUCGCAUUACUCAGCCCUUUUGAAUUGUGGUCAGGCCCUAUUUUGAGGGCUUCAGCACCCUGGCACAACCAAUAAAGAAACCAUAUUUUUA